AUGAUAUCAGCUGAAGAAGACGUAAAACAUCUAGUAAAAGCCCUCUACACAGCUUCAGAACUUCCUUCCAGGGGAAAAUCAUAUAGUAUUCAGUGCAAUUUAUUUCAUAGUGAUCAAAAAGUUAUUAGCUGGAAGUUUAAUGAAUGGGAUUAUGGUAAAAACAAUAUUGUUUUACCAUGUGAAGCACGUGGACUUUUCAUCUCUGAUGAUAAAGAAAAUCCAAGAAUAAUUGCUAGAGGUUAUGAUAAAUUUUUCAGUAUUGAUGAAGUAGCAAAAACUAAAUGGGACUGGAUCGAAAAAGAAACUAAAGGACCUUAUGAAGUUACCUUGAAGACUAAUGGUUGCAUUAUUUUCAUUUCAGGUUUAGAAGAUGGUUCAUUAGUUGUCUGUUCAAAACAUUCAACUGGCCCUCGUGAUGAUGUUAACAAAAAUCAUGCGGAAGCAGGUGAAUUGAAAUUGGUAGAACAACUAGAAAAAAUAAAGAUUGAUCCAAAAACCCUAGGUGCCAAAUUAUAUGAAAAUGAUAUAACAGCCGUUGCUGAAUAUUGUGAUGACUCAUUCGAAGAACAUAUAUUAGCUUAUAAAGAUGAUUCUGCAGGGCUAUAUUUACACGGAAUUAAUUUAAACAAGCCUAACUUUGAGACAUGGCCCAUUAAUAAAGUUCAAGAAUUUGGAGAAAAUUUUGGCUUUAAACCAACUGAGUAUGUAAUUAAAGAAGACAUUAAAUCCCUGAAAUCAUUUUUGGAUAAUUGUUCUAAAACUGGGAGCUAUAAUAGUAAAGAAGUGGAAGGAUUUGUCAUUAGAACUCAUCUAUUUUUAGAUAAUUCAGAUUUUUUCUUCAAAUUUAAAUUUGAAGAACCAUAUUUAAUGUACCGUCAAUGGCGAGAGGUCACAAAAGAUUACAUUUGUACCAAGUCAAGAGUAUCUAGGUUUAAGAAGCAUAAGUUUAUUACUAAUAAGUAUCUAGACUAUGUCAUCCCUAUAUUAGAUUCAGAUCCUAUAUUAUGUGAACAUUAUAUGUCUGGCUUUGGUAUUAUUGAAUUAAGGAACAUGUUUUUAAAAUCAUAUGGGAUGACUGGUAUGGAAAUCUUAAGUCAUGAAAAAUUGCAGGAAUUAGAAUUGAAAAAUGCUAUUAAUUAUGAUAAAAUUGAUGAAAAUACAAAGUUUUUAAUCUUUCCAGUUGCUGUCAUUGGUUGCGGGAAGACAACCACAGCUCUAACCUUGCAGAACUUAUUUCCAAAGUCAUGGGGUGUUGUUCAAAAUGAUGAUAUAACAGGGAAAGAUAAAUCUGAACUUAUGAAAAGAUCAUUAGCUCUAUUGUCUAAACCAGGUAUGAAAUGCGUUGUUGUUGACAGAAAUAACCAUCAAUUUAGGGAACGAAAGGAAUUAUUUUCUUGGCUAGACGAAUUAAAAGAAGAUUAUUUACCCUACGAUACUAAUAUUAAAGUAAUUGCAUGGUCUUUUGCAACAAUUGAUAGCCUUGAUAUAAUAAAAGAGAUUACUAAAGAAAGAAUAUUACAAAGAGGUGAUAAUCAUCAAAGUAUAAAACUGAAUGAAUAUGGAGAGCAAAAAACGUUUGGAAUUAUGAGUGGGUUUUGGAAAAGAUUACAACCUAUUAACUCUAAAUCUCCACCGGAUGAAAUGUUUGAUCUUAUUAUUGAGCUCACUGUAUCAAAAGAUGAUUCUUCUUUAAAGAAUGCCAAAACUGUUGCCCAAAACCUUCAUCUAGAAUUUCCAAUUUUAAUGCCUACUAUUCCAACUGACUUGGAAUUUAAAGAAGCAUUUGAUAAGGCAUUAAGCUAUAAGCCUACAGUAAGAAAAAAUGUUGGCAAUAAUAACAAAAGAAACGGAAAAGAUAAUUCCUAUAAUUCUGUGAAUAAGAAGAGUGUAAGGAAACCUAAUGUACAUGCAGUAUAUUACUCUGCAACUAUUGCUGAACAAAAUGAACUAAUAAAUACUGUAGUUAACUUAAUUUCAGAAUCUGAUAUUAAUUUGUCCAAAAAGACUUCAUUACUUGAAUAUUUUGAUUUAAAUAAAUAUCAGAGGGAAUUUCACAUUACUUUAUCACAUGUUUCAAGUGCUAAAAAUGGAACUCAAUUUCAAAAAGAUAUGUGGAGCAGAUAUCAACAACAUUAUAAACCAAUUUUAAAAAAAUUGAAGGACACUCCAAUUAAAGAAAAUGUCGAUCCAAAUGCCUCAAACAUUUUAUCUAUUGAUGUUAAUGAUACACUUAAAUUCAAAUUAGACAAACUGUAUUUUGAUGAUAAGAUAAUGACAGCCACUGUAAAGGUUGAUUCGGAAUGUAUUUAUGAUCCUAAGGGAAAAUUAAUUCCAGGUUUAGGUUGUUCUAAUACAGUUCCUCACAUCACUGUUUGCAUUUUGCUAGAAGGUACUAAACCGUUUUAUUCAAACACGUUGUGCGACUCUGUAUUGGCUAACGGUGUAGUUGACGGCAUAUACUGUAUUAAGUUCAAUGAUCCAAAAGAAUACAAUGCUGCAGUUCGAAUUAACUUAUAA